CUACAUCGCAACGCAUCGCGGGCUCAAGCUAUGACGCACAGUGAUGUCGUCAGAUCUUCCCAGCAAGAUGGAUCGUCCCCAAGGCACUGCACCUACUGUCACGUCGCUAUCGUCGAACACCAGGACCCUUAAGGGGAGGGGGGGCUCAACCGUAAAGUUCAUAUAUUGUCCGUGAUCCUCCCCUCCCUUCCCUGGAUACCUUUCUCGUCAUAGAGAAUCUACCUGCAAUCAAGUCACACCCACGACGAAAGACAGAGUUGUUUUGUAUAGCCUCCCACCGCACACAUCACCCUGAGCUCGAGGUAAGAGAAGUCGGCCCACGAUGGAAGCUGCAAAGAACGCCAUCAACCACGUUCUGGGGUAUAACAAGGAAGAGUCCUCAGACGACCAAACUCACCACACUCACCAUCAUCUCCCCGGUCAUCACAAGAAUGAUGAGCCCACCAGUAACGACACGGGUUCAGCCGCAACCGACACGCCCUCCAAGCCCGUCUCGGCAGGAAACAGCGGCAGCAAUGACCAACAAGGCACCUCCCAGGACCUCGACCGCGUCCAAUCCCCCAAACAGGGCCCUGACCCGGCCCUCGUCGGCGAACCCAACCCCACCGACAAGCUGUCCGGCACCGCCGCCCCUGGCAGCCACAGUGCCGUGUUCGGGUUGACCCCGGACGGCAAGAAGGUCAGUGACACCUCUCACGGCAGUUCGGCCCCCAAGCCUGCACACAGCAGCGAGACCGCCGUGGGCGGAGGGAAGAAAGAAGCAGGCGGCGAUACCAGUUCUCGGGCCACAGCCAGUGGCGAGGUGGGCGAGCAGAUGCACAAGGCUGGGGCAGAUCAGGGUGCCAAGGGUCUGCAGAGGACGGACCCUGCGCCGGAACCUGCUGGUGGUGACGGUAAGCCGGGAGCAGGUGUCACGGGGCUGCAACAGGGCAGCGGCAAGGUUGAGCCUGGGAACUAGGAGGAAGAAAAUGCCAUGUCCUUUUAUCACUGCAUUUGGGUUUUUUGGGUUUGACAUGGGGGUGUGAGAAGACAUAUGAUCAGCAAUAUGCCUGGACAUGAUUCUGGGCCAUUCAAAGAGAAUAUAAGAAAGAGGCGACUUGAUAUAUCUCUGUCCCAAGAUUUCAUCCUUUGAUGUGGAGCGGCCAAGUUCAAGUGUUGGGUGCACCUGAGGACACACUUGCACUUUCUUC